AUGCCCGAUACCGCUGACGAGCACUCGCGGAAGCGUCGCCGCUCUCGCGAGCCCGACUGGAACACCUUCUACAAGAACGGCCUCCCCAAGGAGAUCAUCGUCAUCGACGACACCCCCGAGCCCGAGGCUAACACCGGCCGCAAAAUCACAAAUGGUGUGGCCCCUGGCACCAACGACUCCGCCCCGGCUCGCCAGGCCGCCAAGAAGAGGAGACGAGACGACGAGACUGCCACUGCCACUGUCCAGUCCGCCGGUUACCACAUCAAGUAUCUGGGCUCGCAAAACAACACCCCGUUGAACGCCGUCACUCCCACAGGCUCCGCCAACUCUAGUGGCGACCGCACCAAUUCCGCCCUCAGCACCACCGCGCCUACCUCCCUCUCCUCCAACAACAGCCAGUACACGGAAGCCCAGGUUCCGCUCAAGCGGAAACGGACUCGCCAACAGGUCGCCAACGAGGCAAAGCGGAGGGACAUUGAUGGCCUCGGCGAUCCCUUCUUCACCUACAAGCCUCCGCCCUAUCCACCGAAAAAGGCCGGCGAUGUCACAGUCAGAGUCAUCCAUGACCACCACUACAACAAGAAUGUCAAGGUCGACGAUGACGAUGGUCAUUACAUCGUUGUUCCUGAUGCAGAGUUGACCGAUAAGUACCAAAUCGUUCGGCUCCUUGGGCAGGGCACCUUUGGCAAGGUCGUCAAGGCCCGUGACCGAAGGCACAAUAAGCUCGUUGCCGUCAAGAUCAUCCGAUCUGUGCAAAAAUACCGAGAUGCCUCCAGGAUCGAACUGAGGGUUCUCGCCACCCUCAAAGCCAACGAUGAUGAGAACCGAAAUCGAUGCAUCCACCUUCGGGACUGCUUUGACUACCGCGGCCACAUCUGCAUCGUCAUGGAUCUUCUCAGUCAGAGUGUCUUUGACUUCCUUAAGAGCAACGGCUUCGUCCCUUUUCCCAACAGCCAGAUCCAGAGCUUUGCUCGACAACUCUUCACCAGUGUUGCUUUCCUUCAUGAUCUUAACCUCAUCCACACUGACUUGAAGCCCGAAAACAUCUUGCUCUGUGACAACUCCUACCAGACUUUCACCUACAACCGAAAGAUUCCCUCUUCCUCAACAACCAUCAACCGACAGGCUACGCAGCGCCGGGUCUUGCUUGACACCGAGAUUCGGCUAAUCGACUUUGGAUCUGCCACAUUCCAGGACGAAUACCACUCCUCUGUGGUAUCGACUCGCCAUUACCGAGCCCCUGAGAUUAUCCUCGGACUCGGAUGGUCAUACCCGUGUGAUAUCUGGAGUAUCGGCUGCAUCCUUGUCGAGUUCUUCACCGGCGACGCCCUAUUCCAAACCCAUGACAACUUGGAACAUCUUGCUAUGAUGGAGGCGGUAGUAGGCUCCCGCAUUGACACUCACCUUGUGCAAGCGGUCAACAAGAUGUCCACACGGAGUGGAGGAAACGCUGCUUCAAAGUACUUCAAGCGACUCCGACUUGACUACCCCACCGCGGAAACGACCCGGGGCUCCCGUCGCUUCGUAAAGGCUAUGAAGCAUCUGACUGAUGCCAUUCCCGCCAACAACAACCCUUUCCUCAAGAACUUCCUUGACUUGCUCAAGAAGAUUUUUGUCUACGACCCUGCUCAGCGUAUCACUGCGAAGCAGGCCCUGAACCACCCCUGGUUCAAGGAAAUGGCCCAGCCUGAUGAUGGAACCGAGGCGGCGAAGAUUCGGCUUGAGAGGUUACGAAUGGAACAAGAGGCUGUCAGGCAUCCGCAAUACGUGGGAUGA